AUGCAAAGCACACAACAUUGGCUGACUGCACGUACGUACAAAUACCUGAACGCAUUUAUUGACAAACAGUAUUCACUGAAGAUUCAGGAGAAUGGUUCAAGAGUCAAUGAAUGCCUUCGUAUACAUUGCACGAAAGUGUCUAAGCAAGCUAUCGGGAAACAUGGAGGAGCUCGGCAAAGUCUACUUGCCAAGGUGAAGAGUGUUGCUAUUCUUCAUAGCGAACUUAGUACGGUUGCCUUGGUAAACAAUUUGCAAAGCCAAGUUUCGCAGCUUGAACGUGUAAAUGCGACGAUUACUCAUGAUAAUAAGGCAUUAGACAUCAAAUGUAAGGAAGCAUCAGCACUGGUGAGUCAAAGCCAAAUAAAAAUCGACAAGGCCACUAUUGACAUUAACAAGCUUAAAAGGGAGAAUGACAAAUUAUACGAUAUAAUUGAAAAAAUUUCUCCCCAAAGAAAGUUUGAGGACAAAGGGAAAUCGUUUUUGGAAGUAGGAAAGCGACAGCAAGAUCGCAAACUUCAAACACUGGCAACAAGGGUCGAGCAAGCACUUUGGUUUAGUGAAUCGUUUGGACUUAAGUUGAACAGUGUGAAAAUGAUUGACGACUCUGGAAAAGCUCAUUGUUUACCUUUUGAAGAAAAGGGAUUGAAGAAUUAUACUGAACUCCCAACUGACGAAAAGCAAGACAUCCAGCAAGUUUUAUAUAUAAUGGACAAAUUUUGCAUUGGUGAAGCUGCAUACCAUGAACUAACUUGUUGUCCAGGAGGAGAGACACUUCCAAGGUCCUACCUGGUGAAGCAAUGCAAAGAUAAUCUCAACAAGCUUUUCUAUAUUGAACAAACUCCUGGACAAGCAAAUGGGGCAGCACUCAAUUUUGAAGAUGAGUUAAGUCAUGUAAUUGGAAAUAUGGUAAGAAUCCUCAUUCUUUAAUCAUUAAGAUUUAAAUAAACUAUUAUGUACCUGUCAUGGAUGGUGGAUGCUGUGGUGUCCCAGGCUGGGUAAAAACCUACUGUGAUUAGAAAUUUUGAGUUAGCCAAUCAUUGCUCAUCACUAAAGUUAGAAAUUAUUAUUAAUUUUCAAUAUUUUAAAUUCUUCAUUCAUCUUUAGAUGGAGACUGACAGCAAAUUAGGUGAAGGUCCAGUCAAAGUGAUAGUCAGUGGAGAUGGUGCAAAGAUGACAAGGUUGACAAAUUUCAUUGUGAUCAGCUUCUCUGUUCUUAAUCUGGAAGAAACUGUUAUGUCUUCAAAACGUAAAUCUUUUAAAAUUACAGGUCAAAUAAUAAAUUAUCUGACUUGAUGACAUACUAAAUUGAUGACAUACUUUACUUGAGUAAUCCAACCAAUACAUAAAUUUGAGUGAAAAUAACAAACCUUAUUUUUUCUUCAUUACACACAAAAGGGAACCACACAGUUGCAGUAAUCAAAGGUCAUGAAGAUUACAACCUUUUGAAGGCUUCGUGUUCAAAGAUUUUUAGCUGCAUCAACAGAUUGGUAAAAGCAGGAAAAAUCAACAUUAAAGGAAAAGAUGUGCCUGUUGAAUUUUAUCUAGGAGGUGAUUACAAGGUAAUUCCUGCAAAUUUCAGUACUGUUUGGUAAUACAAUAAUCAGUCAUGCAAUGUUUUUACAUAAAGCUGAAUUCUUGAUUUGCACUUUUCAGUUUCUUUUAUUGGUACUUGGCAUGAAAGGAACCACAUCUGACUAUGCAUGUAUUUGGUGCAAAAUAUUCAAGUUAGACAGGUGAGUCCUACCUUAGCCUGGUUAAAGCCCAUGCACUUUCCACAAGAACAGGGGCGUAGGAAGCACCUGGAGUUUGGGGGGGGCACCGGCUUGUAGGGGCACAUUACUAUCGGAAAGGGCACCUAAAAAAUUUUUCCCGGAAAUGUUAUCGACGGGGGGGGGGGGAGAAAUUUCUCCUGAGGAAAAUUUUCCGUCGUAUCAUACCGAAAUUUAUGUUUGUGACCUAAUUUUUAAAAAAAAUUUGUAAAUUUCCACACAAAAGCGGCACCUAUUGUUUUAAUUUAGUAUUUACAGCGACAUUAGCUUCUACAAAAGGGGCACUUUUCCUCACAAAAAAGGGCACUUUUCAACACAAAAAGGGCACUUUUUAUCACAAAAAAGGGCACUUUUAGUCCUUUAAAAAAGUUUGGGGGGGGGGGGGCACGUGCCCCCCCGUGCCCCCCCGCUUCCUACGCCCCUGCACAAGAAUGACUUGUUGGCAAAUGACAACAUUGCUGUAGUAGACAUAAAAGAAUUAAGCAUUCUUGCAGAUUAGUUCUUGAUUGAUACAAUUACAUCGAACUGCAGGCUUUAGUCACACAGCAUCAUUUGAGAAAUGGUUCAUGACAAAGCCACUCACCAUGGUGGCUAUAUUUAGAAACCAGUCUCAAGUGAUGUAAUCCUACCCAUGCAAGUAAAAUCUCAUUAAUAUCAUUUAACAUAUUUUUACUUUUUUAGAUGUGAUAUGUCUGGGAAACUCAACACAGUCGAUCAAUUGAGGACAUCAAAGAAUGUGCAUUAAAAGGUCAAUUUUCUUGUCAAUUCCAACCCCUGCUUGAUAUAAAGUUGGAAAAUGUCGUUAUUGAUGAACUACAUUUAAUGCUCCGAAUCACAGGUACAGAAAGAAGUAUGCAACUAAAUAAUAAAAAAAGAUGUCUAGUAAAAUUUAUUUACAGUUGUUAUACUUUGAACAAUUAAUAUGUAAUUAGCUCUGGUUAUCCAUUGCGCACUUUGUCAAAAGUUUUGAUAAUUGCAUAUCAACAAAACCAAAUCUUUUAUAAUAUAUUAUGUUUAUAAUAUAUUAUGUUUACGGUUUUAGAUGUGUUGACAAAAAGCUUAAUUGGCCAAGCCCUUGAAUGGGACAUAAAGGACAACUUACCCAGAGCUCCCAAGGAUAGGUCAAAUCGUCACCUAAUGGACCUUGUUAACUCGGUAAAUGAAUGCGGAGUCUCAUUUAAUGUCUGGGAGAAAAAGAAUGCAGAUGGGAAAGGCAGUGGCAUAUACGACUUUACCAGCCUGAUGGGCUCAGACAAGAAGCUACUAUUGAAACACCUCCCAGAAAAUUUAAAGGAUUGCAUUGCGCCAACACACAGGGAUGCUGUAAUUAAUAUUUGGAAGGUAUUCUCACGAUUUUAAAUAAGCUAAAUUUUCUGUUUCGCUAAAGAGAGAAAAUUAUAGCUAGAUAAAAUUUGCAUUUUAUAUUUAGGAUUUCAGUCACAUUUAUCAAAUGGUGAAUGAGCCUAAUCCUUCAGCUGCACAUAUCGAUGAACUAUUCAAACAGGUUUGAUAAAGUACUCUACUCUUAUGGUCCUGGAUUACUGUAGGCCUUCUGUGCUCCCCCAUUGGUCAACCUUUAAUAAGUGCUAGCGCAACAAGAAAUUGGAUUUUAAAAUUGCCAUUAUAUUUUGUACCAACAAAAUGUCAAAUAUGUGUACUGUAAUCAUCCCAAAAGCCAUCAAUACAUUUCUGCUAAUUUGAACUAUAGGCUUCUGCCUGGGUUAAGCUAUUUGUGUCUCUUGGUGGUAAAGUAGGAGGACGUGGGAAAAAACAAGUCACACCAUACAUGCAUUGCGUGGUUUAUCAUGUGCCAAACUUUAUGAAGAAACAUGGUGGUGUAAAGAAAUUCACAGGACAAGGUAAUAUUUUCCAUAUUUGCUUAAAUAGUUUAUUAGUAACUAAUCUUGAACAAGUACUGUAUAUAAUCAGCAUACCUUUUCACUGAAUUUAUAGGGGUCGAGAAGAAGAAUGAUGAUGUACGGAAAUACCAUUUGACCAAAUCAAACAAGUGGGAUGCACCUAAAGAUGUCCUACUUGUGGGCAAACAGUUACAGGUGACAAGUGAACAAGAACGAACAACAAGAACCUACCACAAAAGUUGA